AUGGGUAAAGCUGUCAAUGCGGCUUAUGGAGUACAAAACCUCGUAGAAGUGGUCAGCUGUUUCGUGAGCAUCGUGACGUACAUUUAUAUCAGUGUUGUUGUCUUCUUAGAUCUGAAGCCCGUUUGGCCCGGAAUACCGAGGGGUCAAGUCAUCACCAUGUUCUCUCUGUGGAUUGGACUCAUGGUGGGGCGUCUGCUGACCACAGCGUACAGCAGCGACAUGGUCGUGCAAGAGACCACCCGCACACAGCGGCUGGUCCAGAAACUUCUGCUCCUACCGCUGCCUGCUAGAAGCGGCUGUCCAGACGAGCUGCAGCUCUUCGGAGAGCAGAUGGCGCGCAGUCGACUGCGCUACAGCGCAGCAGGGUUCUUCACGCUCGACCUGUCUCUGCUGAGGAGCUUCACAGCCACCGUCACCACCUACGUCGUCAUCCUCGUCCAGUUUGGACUGUCUGGCGCUAACAAGCAGCAGAACAGCAGCGCCGCUGCGUGCAGAUGUUAA